CGAGGCCACGGCGCGUGACCGCGGACACCGGAGCGGAGGAGGUGUCCAACGGCACGGACGCGAACAGCAGUGCCCCGUCCGCGGCGCCGGUUUGCGACAUAGGCAUGUCGCCGCCCUGUUGCGCGGGCUGCACAUCAGCCUACAUGAACAAGAUCAUGGAAAACCGCGAGCUUGAUAUCUUCGGCAUGCUGGUCAGCGCUGUGCUUGAUAUCGCCGCCGUCGCCAUCACGAUCGUUGCGGCAUCGGCGGCGUUCGGCCACGUCGAGGAGAAGGACCACGUCGACAUUCAGUUCAAGAGGCGCGCUAAGUACUCCGCGGAGAUUGCGCACUUCGAGCUGACGUCGCCGCUGGCACAGGACUUCAUCAACCACGUGUUGGACAACACGUUCCGAGCGAACGACGGCGAGAUCCCCGGACCUGGCCAUCCCAGGGCGAGGAGGGACAUCGACCUGGCCUACGAGAGGGCGAGGGGGGGCAGCGAGGUGAAGCAGGUCGUGAAGAGGGGCGAAGUCGCCUUCGGGCUCGCCGGUGACGUGGAGGACGGGGCCAACUUCCAGGACGUCUCCUCCUGGGAGCCGGAGACGAAGGCGUACCCGGAGGGGGGCGUCGACAACGUUGGCCGCGAGUCGCAGUAUUGGCAGGAGUUCUGGGACCAGGGCAAGACCGUCAUCCAUAAGGACUCGUCCGAGCAGCACCGGUGGGUCCCGAGGAUUGUUGUGCCUCGGAAGUGCCUCGGACUUGCGGAAGAAGAGAAGAUCCUCGGGGCCUGGGUCGAGGUGCCCAUGCUGGACGUUGUGGUCUUGGCACCCCUGCUCAUUACGACCAUCAUCAUGUACGUGUUCAUGGUGUUCGUUAAAGAAGAAAUUAUCGUUAGCAUGUAUAGGCUUGGCUAUUGGGAGGACGCCCACGAUGACAAGGUUGGAUCAGCUGCGAUAUGGUCUCUUGGCUUCCUUGUCGUUGGAUUCAUUCUGCUGCUGGCGUGGCUCUUCAGCUCCACGAGGCAUGUGGUCGUCCUCACAGACUGCCGCGUGUUCUACAUCAGAUAUCAGGCGAAGGUGUGGUGGCUCCUGAAGUUUGUGCCCCAGCUGCGCCUGGACGUGUUCCGCCACGACCACGAGAUCACGUACGGGAGCCUGAUGACCUCUGCGCCAACGCUCUACCAGCGGGCAACCCGGGCCCCCUGGACGCCAGGGACCGUGUUCAUGCAGCCAGGCAUCUUUGGUCUGCUGAGGCUCACGAGAGGCCGCGGGAACGUCAUGAACGUGUACCAGACUAUCAGCCAGCUCACCAAGCCUGGCAAGCCCCAGUUCCUGACGGAGAAGGCGAUCCAGGAUGCAGGCGUCUCGGUGCAGGUCUGCCGGCAAUACGUCGAGGACAACAUGCAGAAGGUGAUGGACCACAUUUGGAGGA